UUUACGAGGAUAGGGCAAGCGAUGAAAACGCGCACCUGCUUUAGAGGCAUUACGGUAGCGCAGCAAACGGUCCCCCUCGCAACACACACACACACUCCACACUCGUACACUCACACAGCCCUAGUGAUUCAACCCUGAUUUCCAGCAAACGAGCAAGCAACAGACGGGGAUGCCAAAAAGUGAGGACCGGUGGAAGGGUUGUUCGCGCUGAAUGAGCCUCUUGAAGAGAUAGCGAGGGGAAGCAGACGCAACAAAACAAGACAAGAAGCUGCGCGCUUUCUCCGCGGCAACUUGCGCACAGUGCCAGAGUUUUAGCGGCAGUAUUGUUCUGACUUCACUCCAGAGGGGCCACUCCGAGGAGAGAGGACGCACACAAAAGGGAAAAGGAAAGGACUAACGAGCACGCUUUGUCGUUUAAAGUAAUGGCCGUGCGGUCUUAGAUCCUAGAAUUCUCUGUCUCUCCCUCUCUCCCCUCUCUGUUUCUUUCCAUUUUUUUUUUUUUUUUUUUUUGAAUUUUUUUCGUCCCGUCGGCUUGUGUGCCCCUUUGUCGCCGUGAGAGAGAGUGGACGCGCCGGGGGUUUGAGGAGCAGAAGCGGGGCUGUCCACAUGGUCCAACCACUGGCGUGAAAGUUGACUUCUCCAGAAAACAAGAGAACAGGUGCCAGUGAUGAUGGUGGAAUCAGCCUCUGAGACCAUUCGAACGACACCGUCCAACCAGAACGGAGUCAGCAGCCAAUCAGAUGGAGGGGGCGGUAGAGAGGGCGGUUCUAACGGAGACAUCAACGGAGAGAUCAGCCCAGUCGACUUACUGCACCUGCAGCAGCAACAGGCGCUCCAGGCAGCCAGACAGUUCCUCCUCCAGCAGGCCUCUGGACUCAACUCCCCUGGCAGCAACGAGGUCAAACAGAGCGCUGUGCAGGUGCCUGUGUCCAUGGCAAUGAUGAGUCCACAGAUGAUCACUCCUCAGCAGAUGCAACAGAUGCUGUCUCCCCCUCAGCUUCAGGCCCUGCUGCAGCAACAGCAGGCUCUAAUGCUACAGCAGGUAAGGCAUGCACACGCACACGCACACACACACACACACACACACACGCUCUGGUUGAAGCCGUUCCCAGGCCGGCAUUGUGCCCAGCAGUUAGGUAGUAAGCAGUUGGCCUUCCAGCAGCAGCUGAUCCAGAUGCAGCAGCUUCAGCAGCAGCACAUCCUCAACCUCCAGAGACAAGGCCUGGUCCCACUGCAGCCCACCGCCGCCAUGCAGUCUCUGCAGCAAGCGAUGUGUCCGUCAGACCUCCAGCAGCUGUGGAAGGAAGUGUCGGGGGUGCAGAGCAGUGAGGAUGCCCUGAAACAGGCCGAGGGCCUGGACUUGAGCACCAACAGCUCCAAUUCUACCUCAGCCUUCCCCAAAGCUGCCAGCGCUCACAUCCCACUGCACAGCUUGAUCAACGGACAGAGCCACACCCCAAAGAGAGACAGAGCCAGACUGUUUGAGUGGAUAUCCAGCUUCACCAAGGCAGACAGCGGAGAUGACCAUGUCCCCUAUUACCCCAAAGGCGGCCAACCCCCCAGCAGCCAUCAUGAGGAGCAUGCCGGCUCCCAUCCUCUCUACGGCCAUGGAGAGUGCAAGUGGCCUGGCUGUGAAGCACUGUGUGAGGACAUGGGACAGUUCAUCAAGCACUUGAACAAUGAGCACGCCCUAGAUGACCGCAGCACUGCCCAGUGCCGAGUCCAGAUGCAGGUGGUUCAGCAACUGGAGAUUCAGCUAGCGAAAGAGAGCGAGCGACUCCAGGCCAUGAUGACCCACCUGCACAUGCGCCCCUCAGAGCCAAAGCCUUUUAACCAACCUCUGAACCUGGCUUCCAGUGGCUCUCUGUUAAAGCGGGACAGCGAUAUGUACCCAGAGGGUCUUCCUCACCCCCCCACCUCAGCUGCCACCCCCAUCACCCCAAUGCGCCAGGGUCCCUCAGUCAUCAGCUCCUCCAGCCUGCACACACACUCCCACUCCCACACGCACGGUGUUGGGCCCAUACGUCGGCGCAACUCCGACAAGUACUGCACCCCCAUCGCCUCAGAGCUGGCUCAGAACUGUGAGUUCUACAAGAACGCAGAUGUCAGGCCUCCCUUCACCUACGCCUCUCUUAUACGUCAUGCCAUUCUGGAGUCCCCAGACAGACAGUUGACUCUCAAUGAGAUCUACAACUGGUUUACACGCAAGUUUGCCUAUUUCAGGAGGAACACAGCCACAUGGAAGAAUGCCGUGCGCCACAACCUGAGUCUGCACAAGUGUUUUGUUCGCGUUGAGAACGUUAAAGGGGCUGUGUGGACUGUGGAUGAAGUUGAAUACCAAAAGAGGAGACCACCAAAGAUGACCGGGUAAGAGCACACACACACACACACACACACACACACAUUUGUUUUCUUGACAACGCUGUGUGUUUGUGUGCAGGCGGCUCUGGCAGAGAGCAGUCUGUCCCUGCUCAACAGCCAUUCCAUGGUGUCCCCGUCUGCGGCCAGCCUCAACAUGCUGCAUGUGGGCCACGAUGAUGUCAGCUCUACUGUGGAGCAGGUCAACAGCAACGGCAGCUGCAGCCCCACACUCAGCCCUCACCAGUACAGCCACCAGGUGCAUGUGAAGGAGGAGCCCACUGAUUUGGAGGAGGACUGUCGGUCAGUAUCCCUCCUGGGCGGCGUUACACACAGCCUCCCUUUGCCGAGCGACGAGCGUGACUUGGAGGAGGAUCUUCCUACUGAGGAGCUGGAGUAGGAAUGAUCCCAGAUGGAGCAGAGGGACGAGACAUAGCGAGAUCAAUCCCUGAGCCCUCUCGUCAGCGUGAAGAGGAAAAAAUAGCUUCAGUACACUUAAAAGAAAAGAGAGAAAAAAAGAGAAUGUUUUUUUUUUGUUUUUAAGAAAAUGCAAGCAACCAAGGACAACAUUGAGAAACUCCAAACAGGGUUAGAUGACCUCCGUUACUUUCGAACGCAAAAACAAGACUGUGGAGCACUGCUUUACCUCCAUGUGUUUUGUCUUUUCCAACACUUGGCUCAGAGGUGCAACACCACUCAAUGCAUACACACACGCACAAACACACAUUCACACAGAAACACUUACACUCAUUAACUUGUCAAACCAUGUCUCAUCAUCCCCCCUGGUGAAAUCAGCCUCUGUGUAGAGACCCUUAGAGGUUAGGACACACACUCUCCUCCUUGCCCGACCACUCUGCAUACGCCCUCCUCGCUGUUGUCUCGGGCUGCCUGGCUAGCCGUUAUAUCAGUUGAGAAAACACACAAGUGUGUGUGUGUGUGUGUGUGUGUGUGUGUGUGUGUGUGUGUGUGUGUGUGUGUGUGUGUGUGUGUUCGAAAGAGAGACACACACACAGGAUUAUGUGUAUAUAGAUUUGGAGCAGUCACCAGGGGCUGUGCAGACGUGUACCUCUCCUUCGUCCCCCUCUUUGAGUCAAUGACUUGCUUUUUCAUUUUCUUUGAUUUAAAUUGAAAUGAAACUGUCGGGCUUCAAGAUGGGAAGGAAGGAAGGAAGAGCGCUUUCAUAGCUCAGCAGUGCCCCAACACUUCUGCAGAGCUGGCUCCUGUCUCCAAGUCCACGUGUGAGCCCAUUGCGAGGCUGUGGCCCUGGUCCCUGUCCAAACUUCUGCCCCCAGCAAGACACUUAGUGACGAACAUCUUUUAAACUCUUUGCUUCUAAGUGAGAGAAAAGACAUUUUCCUACCGCACCUCCAUCCCUUCCCAUCCCCACCCCAAAAAGACUGCAGGAAUAGGACCAUAUGGUGCUGUCCUUCUCCUCUCCUCCGUCUGCGGAUGGAGCGAUGAGCUUGGAACACUUUGAGAACGAGAAGAAAAGAGGGGAAGCAGAGAGAAAUGAGGGUGGAAGCGUCGACAGAAAUAUUGUGACUAAAAAAGAAAACUGUUCAUGAUUAUGGAAUAUAACAAGAAAAAAAAGUGUGGUAGCUUUUGUCAUUUCCUUUUUUUUUUUAUUUGAUGUUAUUAUCAUUGUUUAUUUUUGAGGAUCAAUAUUUCCACGGUGGCGUUCUGUUUCGACGUACCUUUUCUAAGGAUGCUGUUUUUGUUUUUGUAUUGUAAAUUGUUUGAUUUACUCUGGCUGUUCACACCAUUCCAAAUGAGUAUUGGCAAAAAAAAAAAAAGAGAUAGCGCAGUAUUGUCCCAACUUGUGAUACCCGACCCCCCCCACUCCUGCCCCUUUCCCUUUCUGUCCCAAGUGUAGCAGGCAAGAAAUUUGGAAAUAGCACUUAAAGUUGCCAUUAUCCAGACAGAUUAUUUAACAGCUGAAUCUUGUUUUUAAUUCUCUCUCAUUCACUUGUUUUUGGUUGUGUAUUUAGUUGAGAAAUAUCAGUAAUGCUUUAAAAAUAUAUAUAUUAUUACUGCAGUCAGAGAAUACCUCGUCCCACAAAGGUUCUGCCUGGAACUGUGUCCAAAUUGAUUAACAAAUAAGGGGGAAUUCUUUCCGUGGGACACCAAAUGUGGCAACUCUGCUCAGCUUCGAUUCUAAGCUCUAUGGUCGUAAUAGUUACUGUGUAGACGCUAUCUGCAAUUCACUGUGUGAGUUUGUGUGAAAGGAAUAGCACCUGAGAUUUAUUUUUUUGUUUGUUUUCCGUGAGCAUAAAAGCAUUACUUUUCUCUACAGUGCCAUACCAAAUUUAACAUACAUUUAUUUUAAUCUAUUAUCUGCUUAUUCCCAUUUUAUUUUUGUUACAGGUAACCAAAGAAAUAUGUAGAAAACCAAAAACCCUGUAGUUUAUUUUGCCCUUUUUUGAGUUUCCUUUUUAUUUUCUUCGUAAAGAAUUGGCCAAAAGACAACAAACCAGGAGUUUGAAUUCUUGUUAUUGUAUUCAUAUAACUAUUGUGUUCCAAUUAUACAUGACUUACAGUGCACACCAUUCCGAAAAACCAAAGUGUGUAAAGCAAACCAGAAUUUGGAGACAUCAAAGCUUUUACAUGAUAAGCGGUUUACGAAUGACUCGCAUUUGGUAUGAGGCCAAAAACUAGUAUUAUCAAACCUCGCACAGUUCCUCUGAAAAACAAAAAGAAAGAGAAAAGAAAAAAGCACUUAGAGGUGAAACCCUGUCUCUCCCACGCUCAGGCUAAACUGUGUUUCAAACACAAUCCUCGGACUGGCCCUACUGCUGUUUGAGCAGGCCUACAAAUGAGGCACUCGUGAGACAUUUGAACACUUUUUCGCUUUACAGGAUACUUUUUCUGGUGCUGUCGUAACAAACAUUUGGAGUUUUUCAAUCUAGGGAACAAACACGCCCUAUUGGUCUGUAUGUAGUAUUUGCAGGAAGAGGAAGUGUACUGUAAUGUGGUUUCAAAGGUCACAUCUUGGGACAGGGAGGAGUUAUUCCAAAAACAUAUAUAUUACAAUAAAGAGGGAACAACUCAAAACAAUAGAGAAAAUAUACCAAUGUAAGAGGAAAACAACCAAGGGACAUCAUGUAAUUGAAAGCUGGGUUCAUAUUUUCAUACUAUCUCUUGCACGAUUUUUCUUAUUUAAUGAAAGAACCUUUCUGAUGACUUUGUGUUCAAACAGGACUGUUUCCUGUCACAUUAGAGACUGAUUUCUAACAAAGUACAAAGUGGCAGACAGACAUCUUGAAACGAGAUAAAAACCAAAAAUAACACUACCUCCUUUUCAAAACAGUUCAACGCAUAGCCAAUAGGAGACUGAGCUCUCUUCAAUAUUUUCUUUUCCUCCAUUCUUCCUCGAUGAUAAUAAGGAAUGCCAAAACUGUUGUUACACUUACUGUAUUACUGACAGAAAAAAAAAAAAGAAGUUAUUUGGCGAUCCGGACUCCCUACCACAUCUGCUUGAGCCCAAAAACAUAGAGAUGUUUCACUUUCCAUGGAAUUAAAAAUGACUACCUCUCCUUAAACCACAUCUAAAGCACUCUCUACGUCUCAAAGUGUGUUGUGAAGUGCUCACUAUAUAUGAAAGGUUUUCUAUCAGCUGUGUAAAAACUGACCAUAUUCCUGCACCCAAUUAGCACUAAGCUAUGUGAGCAGCCUCUCAACUGUGUGCUCUGACUGUACGUGUGCUCUUCGUGAUCUACGCCAACGAGAAACUGGUCGUUAAUGGUUAUGUGGUGUUGCAGGGAGCUGGUUGUAUGUGUUAAUGGUGGACAGACUAUGUCAGUGUCACAUCACUCACACAAAAACACACACACAGGGGUGUAACAGAAGCAUAGAAGCAGAGCGAUGGGUUAGUGCAACGGAGGCUCAGACCAUCCAGGUAUCCAAAGACCCACAACACAGCAGCACCCGCUUCACCAAAACACUCGCAGAGACGCUGAGAGGACUAACACACACUCGUAAUAAAACUCAUCACUACUAGUAAUAUCCAAACCAAGAGGAACUGCUGCAUACAGUACAUAGAUGAUCUCUGACUUGUGCUUUAAGGUACACCUGUAAACAAGGCUGUUUUAUAAAGAUGUAGAUUGUUCACAGGUCGCCAUGUAACACUUCUGUUCUUUCUCCAGCUUGGCAUAACACGAUGUAUUCUUGUAUAAUAAUGCUUGACUUAUCUCUCCAGGGCAUUCUUUCCCAUUUUGUCCUUUGAUUUUUCUUUUCCUUUUUUUCUGCACCUGUUUAGCUAUUGUAAAGCUUUCAGCUCUGAUUCCUAUACUGUACUGCUAAUGCUGAAGUAUAUGUAUUUAUCAUAUUAAGUGCUGCAGGUAUCUCGGUUUAUUAGUUCCGCUUUGUUUUUUUGUUUCCAUUUUUCAGUUCUUCAUAAAACGUCUGGGACGCUGAUUUUUUUAAGUGUAUUAUCUCUAAAAAAAUGUAAAAGAAUAAAAGUUAGAUCAGUGGUUUAGGUAACACCUGUUUGUAUAUUUAUCUUAGCUAGGUCUAUUUUGAUACUUUUUUGUCUCUGUACUGCAUUUAUGCAUUUUUAAGGAAAGAAAAAAACAAAUGGAAAACAAACUAAAAAGUUACUUCAUUAUGUAUUGAUACCUCAGAAGGACUUUUUCUCAAAGACAGGACCAAAACCUCUGAAAAGAAAAUGAGAAAAAAUGUAAGAAUAUGUAGCCCCUCUCUUGCUUUAAAGAAAAAAAAAAAAAAAAAAACAGCGGAGCUCCAGAAAGAUAUUGCUGUUGGUCCUCUCAGGUGCCAAUAUGUGUCCCAGCUCCCUGUCACCCCCUCCCUCUGACCCCUGACCCCAGUCAUUCCUCUGCUGAACUCUGACCCACGGAGCUGUCAAUCAUCUGCAGGCGCCAUGGGGGUGUCACUGAGUCACAAACCUGGCUGGUGGUGACCAGUCACAAACCUCAUCUCCCAGUCCCACAGAGGCAGAUCAAAGGCUGACACUGUUGCAUUUUUGAUACUCCUCCUCUUGCGUAGUCCCAAUACCAAAACGUUGAAUGGCUCUCAGAGAUGCAGCUCAUCCUCUGACUACCAAAGGCAUUGAAAGCAACCAUUUGCUUAGUCCAAACUCCUGAACUGUAACCAAACUGCAACCAAACCAAUGCCACAACCUUAACCAAACAAAAACCAAGCUACUUCCAAAAGUCUCCAUCGACUUCACUGAUCACCUUUACUGAUAGCUGUUAUCUCUCUUACAUCCACGUAAUGGUGUUGUAGGACCAGCCUGCAUCCUAUUGGCUGGUGACUGACUCAAAGGACACAGGGAGCCCAAAUCCUGACUUGUGAUUGCACAGUUCUGAGGUGUCAUGUGAGAGGAAAGGGACUCUCAAAGUGGAUGCAUUGCCUGACGGUAUUAUCAAGUAGACAGCCACAAUCCGAUGGAUCUACCACUUCAGCUCUCCUCUGGUUAAACCUAAGGAAUGUGUGUACAUUUUCAGCAGUGACUCUCUGUUUCGUUUCUUAGUUUCAGUUUACCUGUUUACCUCUCUUUAUCCUUUGAUUUUUGUUCUGUUUCUUGUUAUUUGAAAGUGUGACCCGAGGAAGAGGCGGGGACAGGGACUGGGUGGUGGCUUUAGACAGACCAGUGGAGCCCAGCCCUCUGACCCUCCACCCCGGGUAGCCAUGUAAUGCCAGUCACUGCCCUUUCCUUCAUGCUGUAUAAAAACACACACAUAUAUCUGUGUAUUUGUAACCUGAAUCUUCUUGUGUCUGUCCAUGCAGACAAUAAAAAACUGUACAGUAGGUCUAGUUGCAUGUAAUCUGUACUAAUUAUUGACAAUGGCAUUAUAAAAUGCAAUAAAAUACUUAUUACACUGUC